AUGAUCCGCACCAAAGCUGUCGAACGAUAUCUGGAACAGGCGACCGGGAAUGGUGUUCAGGGUGCGAUUUUAUUUGAUAAAGAUGGUAAGUUUUGAUGUUUUUCGCUGUUGUUUGGUCUUUAGGGACGGAUAAACAGGUGGAGGAGGUUGCGAAAGCUGUUUGGUUAAUAAAUUUGGCGAUUUCUGAGCGUUUGACGCCCUCUUGCGGAUAUUUUUCUCUUCACAUGGUGAAGGUAAAAAUAUUGAUGUAGUCAGUAUGGAACUGAAGAUGCGACAUUGUAUGAAAUAAAUUAGGUAGAGCAGCUCAUAAUCAAGCUAUGGAAAGCUUUUUGUCAGUUUUGCGGCGUCCAACUGUUCGGAAAUUGAAAAUUUUGUUGAUGAUAUAUUAUCCAUGAGAAAAAGUGCUGUAAACCUAUCAGUUAUGCUUGAAAUAACUUCUUUUUUGCUGUGGCCAAUACUUCUUGGCCUAAUAAAACUAUUCAAUUAGAUUUUUCUAUUACUCUGGAGCUUUCUUUAUGUUAUUCAUCGCAAAAGCCCUUUUCAGGCCGAAUUGUGGCUCGCGCCGGUUCCGGAUCUCAAGACAGCAUUCUGGCCGUGUUCACCGCCAAGCUGUGGGAGUCCUUCGAUCGUCAGGGCAGCCGUGAUCGUCUUCGCGAGGUCGAGCUCCGCAAUUCCAACCACAUUCUUCUCGCUUCCCGGGUAGUCUCCAUGAUCAUGGCGGUGGUGAUCGAGAAGGAUCAGCCCACAGCCGUCGCCAAGGCCAAGCUGAAUCGAUUGGUGGAGGAUCUUCGUGAGCCGAUGAGUAUCUUCUGUUAG